CAUUUUCGGCAAGUAACCUCUUGAAAAAUCCCCAAAAAACGUUAAACUUCAACUUUUAACACAAUGCAAUGUUCCUACUUCCCCAGAUUAUCUCUCUCUCUCCACCAUCGUCAUCACCAUUUCCCCUUGUUCAUCUUCCCUUCAAUCUCCAAACCAAAAUCUAACUCCAAAAAUCUCAACUUAAUCAUGUCACUUUCUUCUUCUUCUUUUUCUUCAAUAACAGAGGAAGAACUCAAAGAACAACAAAAAACCCACCUUUUACAAUCCUUAAAAUACCACCAACAAACAAAACAUCAUUUCACUAACUAUGCUAGAGGUCCUGGUCGUUUAGAUUGGGCAAAUCAACCUAACCCAUUUCGCAGGUACAAUUUUGCUCCUUUAAUCUCUUUGCAACAUUUUCCAAUUGAAGAACAAAAUUUAGUUUCAGGUGAAAUUUUAUACUCCUCUGUUUUUCAAUCUUUAUCUCCUCCAAAACCCAUUUCUUUUUCAUCAAUUUCUCAGCUUUUUUAUGAUUCUUUAGCUUUAUCUGCUUGGAAAACUACUGGGUUUUCAACUUGGUCUCUUAGGGUGAACCCUAGUAGUGGGAAUUUACACCCUACUGAGGCUUAUCUCAUUGCUCCUGUAAUUGGGUCGUUGUCGAAUUCGGGUUUUGUUGCACAUUAUGCACCUAAAGAGCAUGGAUUAGAAAUUAGGGCUGAAAUUCCAACUGGGUUUUUUGAUGAAUGUUUACCUGAUGAUUGUUUUUUUGUUGGGUUUUCCUCCAUUUUUUGGAGGGAAGCUUGGAAGUAUGGAGAAAGGGCGUUUAGGUAUUGUAAUCAUGAUGUUGGGCAUGCUAUUGCUGCUGUUGCUAUGGCAGCUGCUGGGCUUGGUUGGGAUGUUAAGUUGCUUGAUGGGUUAGGGUUUGAUGACUUGGAGAAAUUGUUGGGGCUUGAGUCUUUUCCUAAGUUGUCGAUUCCGAGUCGCCCCGUCAAGGGUAAGUUCCCUGAGAUUGAGUUUGAGCACCCGGAUUGUGUGUUGGCGGUUUUUCCACGCGGAGUAGAGGCGGGGUUUGAUGUGGAUUUCGAGGAAUUGAGCUCGAGGAUAUCGGAAUUUUCGAAGUUGGAGUGGAAGGGGGAGCCUAAUACAUUGAGUAAAGAGCAUGUAGUUUGGGAUGUGAUUUAUAGGACUUCGGAAGCAGUGAAGAAGCCGUUAUCAGUAAGUGAGAGGUUGAUGAUUGAUCCUUUCCAAUGUAGUGGUGUUUGUAGUGAUAGUUUGUAUAAGAAGUUAACACUUAGGGAGGUGGUUAGGAAGAGGAGGAGUGCGGUAGAUAUGGAUGGAGAAACUGUAAUUCAUAGAGAUACAUUUUACCAGAUUUUAUUGCAUUGUCUCCCCUCCGGAUCGAGGAGUGGAGAGAAGCAAGGCAAACAGUUGGCAUUGCCAUUUAGGGCUCUCUCCUGGGAUAGUGAAGUGCAUGCUGCUUUAUUUGUUCAUAGAGUAUCGGGUUUGCCUAAAGGUUUGUAUUUCUUGGUGAGGAAUGAAAAUCAUUUCGAUGAUCUUAGGAAAGCUAUGAGUCCAGAGUUUACGUGGAAGAGACCGGAGGGUUGCCCUGCCGAUCUUCCUCUUUAUGAACUUGCUCCUGGUGACUGUAAGGAGCUCUCGAAAAGGCUUUCAUGCCAUCAGGAUAUUGCUAGUGAUGGGUGUUUCAGUCUUGGCAUGAUAGCGCAUCUUGAGCCCACGUUGCAGGCGAAGGGUGCUUGGAUGUAUCCUCGGUUGUUCUGGGAGACUGGUGUUCUAGGACAAGUGCUUUACCUAGAGGCUCAUGCAGUGGGCAUAUCUGCCACGGGAAUUGGCUGCUUUCAUGACGAUCCUGUACACGAGGUGCUUGACCUGAAGGGAUCAAACUAUCAAAGUCUCUACCAUUUCACAGUUGGAGGUCCAGUAGUUGACAAGCGAAUAAUGAGCUUACCUGCAUAUCCAGGGCCUGAGAUUGAUGCAUAGUCAUACGGUAUGGCUGAUUGAUCUUGCUGUAGAAUGAGAAUGACAAAGACAAGCUUGGUCUACACUCGCUGCAACAAUUGUAGAUUAUAUGCAUAGAUUGUAAACAUACAUUAUACUUUUUUUUUUGACAGAAUACUAUAUACUAUUAUACAUAGAACUUGAUAUAUACUUCCUAAAUAAUACACACAUGUAAUAUUUCGUUAA